GCUCCCCCGUCCCAACGCUUGUCGCCGAAGCCUCUGCUCUGAGCUCUGCUGCCUCCUGUAGCCAUCCAUCCAUCCCUGUCUUCUCUCCGUCGGAGCUUUCCUGCGUGGCUGCGAAGAUGGGGUGCAAGGCGUGCGACAAGCCGAGGCCGAGCUACCGGAAGGGGCUGUGGUCGCCGGAGGAGGACGAGAAGCUCCGCGACUACAUUCUCCGGCACGGCCACGGCUGCUGGAGCGCGCUACCUGCUAAAGCCGGGCUCCACCGGAACGGCAAGAGCUGCCGGCUGCGGUGGAUCAACUACCUGCGUCCGGGGCUGAAGCACGGCAUGUUCUCGCCGGAGGAGGAGGAGACGGUGAUGAGCCUCCACGCGGCGGUCGGCAACAAGUGGUCUAGGAUCGCACGGCAUCUGCCGGGGAGGACCGACAACGAGGUCAAGAACUACUGGAACUCCUACCUCAAGAAGAGGGUCGAGAACAACGGCAAGGAAGCAGCAGCAGGGCCCAACGGCUCCGAAACCCCGCCGGCGAGCUCCGCCGCGGACUCAGACGGCUCGCAGUCGCAGAGCCUGAGCCCAGGGGAGACCAGCAACGGUACUACGGCACGAGAACAGGCGAGCUCCGGCUCGUCGGAGCCGCCGCACGAGUCGUCGUCGGCCGACUCCAGCUGCCUGACCGCGGCCGAGCCGCCCGCCGCGUGCCGGGCACACGCGCCGGCCGCUCCCAAGGUGAUGUUCGCGGACUGGCUCGACAUGGACUACGUCAACCACAUGGCGGCCGCGGCGCCUGGUCCGGACGCGGGCGGCGAUCGCCGUCACCAGGUCGUGGGCCAGCAGGGGUCCAGCAUGCAGGUGGACGGGCCGUCGUCCGGCGUGGAGGAGGACUCUCUGCAUGGGUUCGUCGAUGCCGGCUCCUGCUGGGAGUUCCUGGAGCAGCUCGACGGCAUGGACCAGAUGCAGGCCGGCGGCGGCUUCUGCGACCUGCUCGCCAUGAACGAGUUCUUCGGCCUCAACUAGCUAGAAACAGCCUACAGCGUGCGUGCGUGCAUGGCCUAUGGCCAUGGAGGAGGACUAUAGAGUUUCUUGAGUUUAGACGUUUCGUCGAGUUGUUCUGGCGCGUCUGUAAUACCGCUGUGUAAAUUACCGCCGUGUAUUUAUGUAUGUAUAGAGCAAUUUAGCAAACUUCGUAA